AUGGACAUCGAGGUGCAACCAAGAAAUUUGGAGCGAACGUGGGUGGGAUAUAGAGGGCCAGGACGCAGCUACGUUGACACGACAAGUGAUGCGGGAUUUAUCCAGCUUCAGAGCCGGGCAGUGGCAGACCGCGCCUGGUGUCUCCGGAGUUCGGGUUCUCUACACGCCGGGCGAUUUUCACCUCCAUCACGUUCCAUCUCCCUUGACUCUACCCCCGCCGUCUCCUCUCUUCUCCAUUGGAUCAACACCUCCGACCUCCCCCGGUCCUCCAGCUCCUCCUCCUCCGUCUCCCGAGACCGAGGCAGAGGUGCCGGGUUCCACAGGUCCGGCACCGUGCCAGACCUUCGCCCCACCGCCAGCUCCCCUGAUUGGGAGCAGCAGUACCAGCAGGACCGUUGCAAUCCCGUCCCCCGAGACCGAUGCGACGGUUCCGGGUUCCACCGGUUACACACCUCCUGUACCACCACCUCCAACACCACCACCAGCGGCAGCAGCAGCAGCAGCAGCAGCUCCCCUGAUUGUGAGAAGCGGCAGGACCGUUGCAACCGCAUACCCCGACACCGAGGCAACGGUGCCGGGUUCCACAGCUCCAGCAACGACCCGGACCUACGCCGCUCCGCUCGCACUCCCCCCACCACCUCCCUUGAUCGGGAGAAGCAUCAGGACCCCCGCCUCCCCGAGAGAGCCGCCACGGUGCCGGUCUCCAGCACCCCCUCUCCUCCGACACCAGGCCGGACCUACGCCGCUCCAGCGGCGGCGGCGCGUGCUCAUCCCAGGAUCCCGACAAAUAGAACCGCCAGACGGAACGGCGCCGUAAGAGGCUCUUUCACCAGACAUCGCAGGAGGAGAAGGGACCGCUAUCUGCUUGAUACCCUGAGAGACGAGUUGACCUGUGCGGUAAAUGAACUUUUACGCGCAGGAUCAGCAUAUUUUGCGGAGCUUACAAGAAUGUAAUUACAUUCGAAGAGGAUUUCUGUUUUUUCGCUGUUUCAUGAGGUUUGUUUGGUUGUUUUCUUUUUUUGUUGUUGUUGUUGAGUUGAAAAAAUAUUGUAAAACAAAUCCCAAAAAAAAAAAAAAAAAAAAAUCUGACAUUAAACCCAGAAUGGCUGAAAGGGCGAGCGACCGAUCUAAUGAAUUACCGACCUUAAACCCACAACCAAACGAUUUUUACAAUUUAUUAAAUAAUGCCAGUGAUGUAAACCCACCAUCCGUCACAAGCGCUGAUUUUCAAGAGUUGAUACAUUUUGUACAAGGGACUCGUUCGGAUUUUGAUAGUUUGCUAAAUGUAGAGCCUGAAACCGAUGCAUCCGCUGAAUUUCACAAUUUAAUAAAUGACGUCAACCCAGAAUUCGUCACAAGCGUGGAUUUUGAAGAUUUAAUACAUUUUGCAGACGGUAAUCGCUCGGAUUUUGAUAGUUUGCUAAAUGUAAACCAUGAAAUUUCACCUUCAUCACCACCACCACCUUCACCUCCUGCUGAUCUCUGUUCAAACCAAGCGGGGGGUCAAAUUCUAAAUACGGCCCAGCAGGAGCCUGACACUUCCCCAGCUCCAGCAGCCUGCAACGCUCUGAAUGAAGUGCAUAGAAAUAGAUUUAACAACGUAGAAAUAAGACAGUUAUUACAGUUUCCACCCCCUACGGGUGUACCGGAUUACGGUUCAUUUUAUGGGGAAGUUAUGGGGACCGCUCACGAAUUGUUUCAACGGGUCUCUUCACACGCUAGACCUCAGGACAAAAUUCAGUUGGAACUUAGGGGGGAGAGUCUGACCAGAAAUGUCACCAGCGUUUUAACCAACGGCGGAGAGGAUGAGAACCUUUCAGCAUUUCAGACCCUCCUCGACAGUCUAGUACAGUCCAACAUGUCUAUUAUGACCGACGCUACUCUGGAAUUAGUGGUCCAGAUCGUCCGUAACCCGAGGGGCGGCGGGAAGAGAGCCUUGGAAAAAUUGUUGCACAGCGAAAUCCUUAAAAAAAAGAAAAGGUUUCUGUACAUAGUACAAAACUCUGACGACAACACGUGCUUUUCCGUCAAUGUAGCUCAUCUGCUGUUCCCCUCUCUCACCGACAGAGAGGCUGCCGGGAGAGGUAGAGAGAUUCAAAUCGCUGCCGGUUUAAACGAUCAGAACCAAGUGACCUUUAGCGAUCUGUCAAAAUUUGAACAGUUGUUGGAUUGUAAAAUUGUGGUAUUUUACAGAACGGAAGACACGCGCACUCUCUCAAAAUUCCAAACAGGUUGCCCCCGAAAAAAUAAAACACUCUAUUUGUUUCUGCACCAGAAUCAUUAUUACGGCAUCAAAGAUCUCAAGGGGUUUCUCGGCUCCAAGUACGCUUGUCACUACUGUUAUUCGGGUUACGACAACGUGUUGAGUCAUCACUGCCCCGCGCAUUGUACAGUGUGUUUACACCCCGACUGUGUUCAGACAGAGUACAGAACCGUCCUGUGCUCAGACUGUAAUCGCGUCUGUCGCUCCCAGAGCUGCUUAGUUAGACACAAGCAGCCUGUCCAGAGACGGCGGGCUCAAAAAUCAGUCAGUCAGUGCCAGCUGUAUAAACGGUGCGACAAAUGCCUCAGAUUGUAUUACAUCCCCGUGUCUGUUGAAAUGAAACCUCACGUGUGUCAAGCUAUAAAAUGUAAAAUCUGCGGCGAAUCCACAGGGGACCCGUCGAUCCCCCAAAACAGAAACACCCACCUGUGUUACAUACAACCCGUUAAACCGUCCGAGGACCAUUCAGAAAAAAUAAUAUUUUACGAUUUUGAAACGUUUACGGAUGAACAAGGCGUCCACAUUCCUUUUUUGGUCUGUGCUAAAUCGCUACAGGGUCAGAGGUGGCACUCUGAAGGGGUGAAUUGCGCCAAAGAGUUUGUGCUGAGCUUUAGGAGACCGAUGUAUCAGAAAGCCAUCUUUGUAGCUCAUAAUUCUAAAGGUUUUGACAGCUAUAUAGUACUCCGAGCCAUGGUGGAGCUGGGCCUUAAGCCCUCUCUCAUUAUGCACGGGAGCAAAAUACUCUGUUUCACAGACCCUGACUACAACCAGCGAUACAUCGAUUCCCUGAGUUUUCUCGCUAUGCCUCUAGCUGCCAUGCCUAAAGCUUUAGGUUUCCCUGACAAAAGCAAAGGUUUUUUCCCACACGCUUUUAGCUCUUUGAAUCAUUUAAAUUACAUCGGUCCUUACCCCCCUCCUCAGGAUUACCACCCGGAGAGAAUGAAGCCUGAAGCCAGGCGCGAAUUCAUGGAGUGGUACGAGACCGUGCGCGGAGGAAUUUUCAAUUUUAAACAGGAAGCUCUCUAUUACUGCCAAAACGACGUAGAUGUGCUGGCGGAGGGAUGCACAAUAUUCAGAAACGGAUACAUAGAGGAAACAGGCGUGGAUCCGUUCAGUUCUUGCACGAUUGCCAGCGCUUGUAUGAAAACAUUUGCCUGUAACCAUCUGCAGCCUAAAACCUUAGCCAUACCGUCGCCAGAUCAUUACAGCCGACAAUACAAAAGCUAUUCACACGCCAGCAUCCAGUGGCUGGAGUGGGUGUCUCGUGACCGAGGCGUCUUUAUUCAGCACGCUUUGAACGCCGGUGAAAAGCGGUUGGGGCCGUAUUUUGUGGACGGCUACUCAGAGGUCGGAGGUGAUAAAUAUGUGUGGGAAUUUCUGGGUUGUUUUUAUCACGGCUGUCCCUCCUGUUUUCAGCCUCACGAGACCUGUUCUCUGACGGGGCGAUCGUUUGGAGAGUUACACAGCGAUACCGUGGCUAGAUUAAACGCGUUAGAGACUAAAGAAGGGGUUAAAGUGGUGGUUAUGAGAGAGCAUAGCUGGGAUGAAAUGAAGAAAUCAAAUCCCUCCGUCAGGGCUUUCAUGCAAGAUUAUCGAGCUCCUGAGCCCCUCCACCCCCGCCAGGCUCUGUACGGGGGCAGAACGUGCGCGGUCAGGCUCAGGUAUUCAGCAGCAGCGAACGAGAACGUGGAAUACGCUGAUGUCACCUCACUCUAUCCUUAUGUCAACUGUAGCUUUCCCUACCCGCUAGGUCACCCUAAAAUAAUUCACACAGCUUUUAACAGCCCUCAGAGCUACUUUGGGUUCAUCAGGGCUGUGGUCUACCCUCCCAGAGGGUUAUUUUUCCCUGUUUUGCCUUACAGAACCGGCUCGGGUAAGCUGGUGUUUACACUCUGCCGCACCUGCGCAGAGCUAAACAAUCAGCAGGGUGCUUGUAACCAUGACGACGAGAGCCGCGCAUUGACAGGUGUCUGGGUCACCCCCGAAUUUAACAAAGCUUUGCAGAUGGGUUAUCGAGUGGUUAAGGUGACCGAGGUGUGGCAUUUUGAGAACCGGGACGACUCUGUAUUCGUAGGAUACAUACACACUUUUCUUAAGGGCAAACAGGAGGCUUCAGGAUAUCCUCCUGAAGCAAAUGACAGCGCCAGCAGGCAGAGAUACAUCAGGGAGUAUCACUCUCACCAGGGCAUUCUGCUGGAUGAGAAUAAAAUUCAUCCUAACCCCGCUAAAAGACAAAUCUCCAAAUUGUGUCUCAACAGCUUCUGGGGGAAGUUUGCUCAGAGAAACAAUCUGCGUCAGACGGCUCUGGUCACCGAACCAGAAGAAUUUUUCAGCUACAUGUUCUCUGAAAAAUACAAUGUAAAUUACUUCUCUUUCCUCGAUGACAGAACCGCUCUGGUUCAGUGGACCCACGGCGGUCGUUAUAUAGCCCCGCCUAACAAAAACGAUAACGUUUUCAUAGCUGCUUUUACCACAGCGUACGGACGAUUAAAGCUUUACGAGUAUUUAGAGGAGCUCCAGGGGAGAGUUUUGUACUUUGACACAGACAGCAUAAUUUAUGUCACCAAACAGGGAGAGAACCGACUAAAAUACGGAAAUUAUCUGGGGGACUUAACGGACGAGUUAGACGGUGACAGCAUAGAAGAAUUCGCAGCCGCGGGUCCUAAAAGUUAUGCUUAUCAAACCAGAAACCGUAAAAAAGUGGUGUUGAAGGUGAAAGGUAUCACUCAAACUCGAGAAUGCUCUGAAAAAGUAAGCUUUGACAGCGUGAGAGAUCUGGUCGAUGGCUUUGUCCAGCAGCAGCAGCAGCACCAGGUGCUGCAGCGGUCUCUGACCCCUCAGCAGCAGCUCCAGCGUUCAGAGGAAGGGGGGUUUAUUGACACCCCGCAGCAGGGCAUCGUUAGAGAUAAAAACGGGUUUGUCCUAAAAAACUCUUCAUUUAGCAAAAGGUUUAGGGUUGUGUAUGACAAGAGACGGUUGCUGCCUAACGGUCAAACAGAGCCAUUUGGGUUUUAAUUUUUGUAUUAAUUUUUUUUUAUACAAAAUGUCGCAGGAAAUAGAUUUCGAUCCUAGAUUAUGUAUGCCUUUCUCAGCUAUCAUAGUCGGGCCUUCGGGCGCGGGAAAAUCUUUCUUUGUGAAACAGAUUCUCCAACACCCCAAACAUGUUUUGAAUCAAAUGCCUGAGAAUAUUGUCUAUGUGUACACCUCCUUUCAACCCAUGUACGCUGAACUGCAGAGAACCAAUAAAGAGAUUAAAUUCGUUGAA